GAUCUAAACAACAAAGGCCGUUUUUAUUCACAUUCCUCUGCAACUACAACUCCUGAUCCUUUUAAUCCCAAAAAUGAUAUCACUGAAAAGCCCGUCAACCAGAAUGUCAGUAAAUUCACCACCAAACGGCACAAAGGCCCAGGGAGUGUUUAUGAGUUUGGGCUUGGCGAAAAAGAACGAGACAAGGAAAUAGAUACAAGUAAUGAUGGAUCGCAGUCUGGCAGAAAACAAAAAAUGAGUAUGAGAUGAAUUUUGACUGGAAAGAAGGAAGAGCAGGUGAAGAAGAGAAUGAUGGUGAGGAGGAGGAGGUCAAACACAGAUUAUAUAGUUUUCUUUCUCAGGACAGCCUUGCAUACUUUUCCUCUACUGAAGAUGAGCCAGAUGGAGUGGGACAAAGUGAGGAAGAAUCGAGCAGAGAAACAGAUAUAACUAAAGAAGGACAUAAGCAUGUACAGACAGAGAGAAUAGCCUUUAGGCUGUGUCAGCUGGAAAAAGAAGUCAGAGCAACUCAGUUCUCAUCCACUGAGGAUGAACUGGACAGGAUAGGUCUAGAAGAGAAUAACAAGGAAGAAGAUAAUUGGAAAGAGGAAGAUCUGGCUAUUAAAUUAUGUAGAUUAGCUUAUGAAGUCAAUGCUAGCCAGUACUCAUCCACUGAGGACGAGCUGGACGAGGGGGAAAAAGGAGAGGAGGAUAAAGUGGAUGAAAACGAGCUGGGGAGGGCACAACCAGAGAAAACUCAGCUGCGGGAUUUGGCCAGUUUAGUAAGCGCCUCCCAAUUUUCCUCCACUGAGGAUGAGCUGGACAGACUGGAAGAUAAUGAAGGAAAACAGGAAUCGAUUGGAGACAUAGACAUGGAGAUGUUUGAUUGGACAGAUGGAACUAAAGAAAGGGAGCAACGGUGGAGUGGGAGGGAAAAGUGUCAGCUAAAGUUUGAGGAUGUUCCAGCUGGCAAACAGAAAAGUAAGGGAGUAAAAGGAAAUGAAACAACUGGAAUGGGGCAAUUAUACAAUAAAUACAGGGAAAUCUUUAAAGAGUCAGUCGAAAGACAGGAGAUCCCAUUAAAAACAGAAAGCACAGAAGAUUUACAGCAGGCAAAAUCUGAAGAGAAUGAACCUGGUGCAAAGAGGACAGAUACAAGGGUUGAUAAUGAGUUUCCUAAAGAAAGCAAAGAGAGUGAGAGAAAGAUAAAACCAGACACAAAAACCAACGAGGACAAUGUAGAAUUUCACAACAUAAUCAGCAGCCUGUUGAUGAUGACAAUGGAGGACAUGCAGGUAGGAAUGUUGGACAAGGCUGGACCGACCGAACAAAGACGGACGCAGAAUGACAACAGAGAGGGAGAGAGGGGACUCAAAGAGAAGAAAGAUGCUACAGAGCAGACAGGCGAGAGAUCAGAGUCAUUGAUAAAAGUAUGUGGUAUUGAGAAAACCCAUAGGGAGACUUUUGAUAAACAGCGGAAAGGUAAAAAUACAGGUAGACUUGAAAACGCUGAUGAAGAAAACUGUGGAGAUAAGACAACCAUUAAAGAACCCCAAAUAAAUGAAACCAAGCUGGAAAGUCCAAAAAACGAGGAGGAUAGUGAGAACCAGGACGAACAAAGAAACACACCCGAGGAGAAAACAGAUGCAAGAAACUAUCAGCAGAAAGAGAGAGGUGGGCAAGUUAAGAAAGAAGAAACAGAAGGAAAUAUAGAUGAGAGCAGCACCUAUGCUCAUCUAGGGGAGCUCCUUUCACCAGAGGAAAUCCAGAACGGUAGGGCUGUGGAGCUUUACAAAACCAUAGAGCUAAUGUCAUCUCUGUUGGAGCAGUCCUGUCAGGAUCGCGGUGGGGCCGGUGCCUAUCUGGCAGUCUUCUCAUAA